UUUGCGGGGAGUGCCUGCAGCCCUGCCUUCAAGUGCCGUCCCCGCUCUGCCCGCUCUGCCGCAUGCCCUUCGACCCCAAGAAGGUGGAGAAGGCUUCCAGUGUGGAGAAACAGCUUUCGUCCUACAAAGCUCCCUGCAGAGGCUGCAGCAAGAAGGUGACCCUCGCGAAAAUGCGCUCUCACGUCUCGUCCUGCACGAAGGUGCAGGAGCAGAUGGCCAACUGCCCCAAGUUCGUUCCAGUUGUCCCCACUUCCCAGCCUAUUCCCAGCAAUAUUCCCAAUCGCUCGACAUUUGUGUGCCCGUACUGCGGGGCCCGGAACCUGGACCAGCAGGAGCUGGUGAAGCACUGCAUGGAGAACCACCGCAACGACCCCAACAAAGUGGUGUGCCCCGUCUGCUCAGCCAUGCCCUGGGGGGACCCCAGCUACAAGAGCGCCAAUUUCCUCCAGCACCUCCUCCACAGGCACAAGUUCUCCUACGACACCUUCGUGGACUAUAACAUCGACGAGGAGGCAGCGUUGCAGGCUGCCCUGGCACUGUCGCUCUCCGAGAACUGAGGGUGCCUGCGGAGCAUUGGUUCAGACCCCCAUCGCACCCCGUCUCCUUUUGCACACUCGGCCUUCCUGCCGGGGAGGCACGGAGCUCGUCAAGCCCCUGGCACCCCCGGAGACCCGCUGCCACCUCUCUUCCCUCUCCUUUCGGGGCAAAUCCCACCUUGUUUAAGAAGGUGGAGUCUCUUUAGCCUCACGCUGGACCAGUGAGUGAGCAGGGACGGCCGCUGCUGGGAGGAGAGAGGAGUCGGCACCGAAGGGCUGGGAUCGUUCCUCGGUUAGGCAUUUCAUAUCCGUAUACGGAGCAUAUACCUGUAUCCAGAUCUAUUUAUUAUUAGAUGCUUUUUGGCACC